AUGGCCGUCAGGUCGCCAUUGCCCGUCCUGCCAUACCGCGACCCCUCCAGCCCCUUUGCGGGGCCUGAGUCAAUGUCUGUGGAAAGCUCCUCCAUCUCAGAAAACACGCGAACCUCGGUCUACCUUCCCCGGGACGUUGUUUCCACAAGCACGACGGAUACAUCAUCAACGUCAUUCAACGACCAUCAACUAGAGGAGAUUGAGGUGAUUCGCGAUAAAAUCCAUGGUGAGGUGGUUGCUGUCCCCGCGACGCCUGUGCAAGGACCAAGAGCGGGGAUAUCACCCCCUCUGGGACUAAGCAUUCAAACCGCGCAAAUGCAUCAGAAUGGACUCGUCGCAAGAUCUGAUGAGGACGAACCACCUCAGUCGGUAAUCCAUGCCCCAGCUGGGUUUGGCGAGUUUACUAGGCUACAGCCAUCCUCCGAACAAUCAUGCGAGGAUGAGGAGUCAUCGUCUCCGAGCUUCUUGGAUCAUUUACAGUUGAUUGACAGGCCGGGGGUAUCAGAAACAUCGCGGAAGAAGGUUGGCACGAGCCCUAUAUCUCCGCCUCCGUUGACAACUAGUGUUGCGCCGGUCCAGGAUUGGUCGGAUAGAGCAACUCCCCGGGCGCAAACAAGACAAGAAUUUGAGGAAUCUGGACGGCGGACACGUUCAAGCAGCUUAGAAGAUAUACCGGAAGGUAGUGAAUUCAAAUCACACAUAGAGAUGGCUCCGGAUGUGGGGACUAACUUCCCGCCAGGAAAUUUUGGCAGUAAAGGAGCGGAGAUCAAUGCUCUUCGAGCAGCUCUCACUGAAUGCUGGACCCUCUGCAAUACACUGUCUAGUCUCAGUUAUAUUAAUCGGGAAAGACUCCUUCGGUCCCACAAUGACGGUAUGCAAGAGGACGCCUGGCGAUCCUGUUGGCGACUAUGUCAGAAGCUAUACGACACUCGCGACGACGACUAUUGGUCACAAGUGAUCCCAACCCUCGACUUAUGUCGAGAUUUCUGUCAGGCAUUGUUCGAAGUCCGUGUUUGUGACAGCGACCUAACCGACUCGGUGCUGAGAGUAAGCUUUGAACUCAAUAAUCACCUCUAUAACACACACGAUCGCAACCUUCCCGACGCAUUCCGUGAGCGUACAUUGGAUUUCUACAUAACACUAUGCCACCGGCUCAUGAAGCAGCGAACCCGUCUGGCGGAGACGGACUCUCUCCUCAGUGCCUGUUGGGCGCUCGCUGAGAUGCUAUUCAGCAUUCGCCAGGCUAAGAGAGAAGGAAGGGAACUGGAUGAGGAGCUGUUGGGCUCGGCAGUUCAGGCCUGUUGGGAGCUCUGCGAUAUAUUCCGUGAGGGCUGGACUCUGAACAGCUUGCGCAGCUCGGAUCGAGGCACUCCGCGUCCAAGUCAGGCCACCUUUGCCCAGGCUUUCCAGCAAGUCUCCCAGCAGUCGGAGCUUGAAUUUGCCGAUGAUUCUCUAGGACAGGCCACGAAUCCUGAGACACCGACUACGAUCUUUGACGACACUGCCACAGUCUCCCCCGAUGAAGCACCGGUCCCCAACAUUUUGGUGCUAGGGCAUGGCAGUGGCCAUACAACUUCUCAUUCUAAAUGGCCUUCCAAUGUUUCCAACGUCUCCGAGAAAUCUCGAUCCUCCGGACAAACAGCUUCAUCCGCUAACACCGUCACCACCAUGUCGGAGGACCCUAAUUUCACACGCCUGAAAGUGCUCAUCACUAAGGCUGCGAUCAACAGUGGCUAUCAGCGAGGGACCACCCAAAAUUUAUCCUCCUUUGUGAAAUCACUCCCCUCGGAUGCGUUCGGCUCGGCGCCCUGGCAAUCUACGUUAUUGAAAAGCUACCGGAAGCUAGUUGCGUUUGACCCUGCAUUUCGCAACGUCGGACCCCAGGGUCGUGUCAGCGCCAUCGAUUUAGCACACGCAUGCCAGGCAAUGGCUCAGAAUGGACAAUACUGCUGGCUACGGGAUCUAUAUCGCCUAGUCUUUGGGUUUCACCUAGAAGAGGCUACGGGCCGUAAGGGUGUGACUAUUCAGACGUAG